CUUGCUUUGGUUUUGUUAUAGAAAUUAAAUAUUUAAGCACAAACCAAAGUUUUUUUGAAAUGGAGAAGCUCUCUCUUCAAAUGUUGUUUAUCUCAUUCUUCUGUGCCAUUCUUUUGGUUUCAUGGCCUGCUAUGUCUCAAGAAGUUGAGGAUCAGAGAGAGUUCGAUUAUAACGCGUUGGGAAUUAGAGGACCUUCCCAUUGGGGAAAUCUUAGACCAGAAUGGCAUACCUGCAAGGCUGGAGCGAUGCAAUCUCCUAUUGAUUUAUUGCAUCAGAGAGUCCAAAUUGUGCCCCAUUUUACUGACCUCACAAUCAACUAUAGGCCUUCUAAUGCAACUCUCAGGAAUAGAGGCCAUGAUAUAAUGUUGAAAUGGGGUGAUGGAGCUGGAUACAUAAGAUUGAAUGGAACUCAAUAUUUUCUCAGACAGUGUCAUUGGCACUCACCCUCUGAGCACACUAUCAAUGGCAGAAGGUUUGCUUUAGAAGCUCACUUGGUGCACCAGAGCCAAACUGGAGGCAUUGCUGUUAUUGGAAUUCUCUAUAACAUUGGACAAGCUGACGAUUUCUUAACUAGAAUAAGAAGUCAUUUGGAAGGAAUUUCAACUUCAAGGACAGAUAGAGUAUUGAAUGUGACCAAUCCAUCUCAGUUAAAUAUGCAAAGCAGUCUAUAUUAUAGAUAUAUUGGCUCUCUAACAGUUCCUCCAUGCUCCCAAAAUGUUAUUUGGACUGUGGCAAGAAAGAUCAGGACUGUUACACCCCAACAAGUGCACUUGCUUCGUACCGCGGUUCACGAUGACUCAAACACUAAUGCGAGGCCUUUGCAACCUCUCAACGAUAGAAGUAUUCAACUUCGUGUCAAAUCAGACGUGGAUUGAAGGGUAGACGAUUAAUGUCACAAACACAUACAAAGGAGAAAUAUCGAAAGAUUCCUUUGCGUUGAAAGCUCUUUAGCCUCCCAUAAUGAGUGUUAGUAAUGUGCAGGAAUAAUAAGACUAGUCCUAGUCGCCAUGUCCUUCGAUUUUUCUUUCCUAGCAUCGGUAUUAUACAUGUCUUUAUUUUAUGUUUGUCACACCUGUUAUGAAAUAUUUAUUUAUUUUCCAUAAUAAAAGCAUUAUUGUGUUGUAUUA